AUGAAAACAAAACGAAGUACUUCAGAAUCCAAAGUGGCAGACUCAAAUGAAAGACACAAGAAUGCAUUUAGGAAAAAAUACAAAGAAUGUGACGAGUUUCGUUUCAAGUUGUUGGAACAAAGGAAAAAUAUGUACUCUGAUGCAGAGUUUAAGAAGAAUGUACUGUUGAACAGGAAAGAAAGAUAUCACAAUAAUGUUGUUUAUCGGUCUAACCUAAUUCAACAAGGUGUUCAGAAAUAUGCGCUGGAUUUUGAACACAGAAAGGAAGUUCAAACAGCAAGUAGAGAGAGAAGUAAAGCUAAGUACUCAACAGACUUGACUCAUAGAAAGGAACAGAAAGAGAAGAGUGUAAAAAAAUAUAAGAUGGAUGCUCAGCAUAGAGAACAGUUAAAACAAAAGGGCAAAGAAAAGUACUGGAAAGAUCAGGAGCAUCAGGAAAUGAAGAAGAGAAAAAGCAAGGAAAAGUAUAAGACAGACUUCGAGCAUCGGAGUAACGUGAAGAAAGCAAGCACUGAGAAAUACAGGACAGACUUGGAACAUCAGGAAAGGGUAAAGCAGAGAAACAAGGAUAAAUAUGCGACAGACUUUGAACAUAAGGCUGUUGUAAAAGGAAGGGUAUUGAAAAAAUACAAAGAAGAUGAAACUUACAGGAUGAAAAACAAAGCUGCUAAUGUUCUUAGAUAUAGUACAAAUGAAACAUUUAAAACAGAUGUGCAAAGAAAAGCUGCAAAAAGAUAUCAAACUGAUAUCGAAGUUCAGUCCAAAAUGAAGAAAUUUAGUAGAACUAAGUACCAGCUAUCAGAGGAAGUAAGAGAGAAGAAAAAGGCAGAAGUUGCACAAAACAGGACGGUGAAGCAAAUGAACUUAGAACAGGAUGAAGUCAUCAGAUCGUUUAAGAGAAAUGCUAUAGAGGGUCCGAAUUAUGUUUGCACUUGCUGCCAUAGACUUUUGUUUAAAAAACAAGUCCAAGCAUGUGAAUAUCAAAUGUAUCAAAAAAGUGAAUCGGCAAAGUGUAUUUCUGAAAUCUGUUUGUUAGAGAAGUAUUUGCAUGAAUGUUCUGAAUCUUGUCCAGAGGGAUGUACCAAAUCAUCAUUAUGGAUCUGUUACACAUGUCACAGGAAAAUAUUGAGUGGCAAAGCACCAGCUGAAGCUGCAGUCAACGGUAUGAUUCUGGAAGAUAUUCCACUUGAAUUGUCUGAAUUAAACAGUUUAGAGCAGCAUUUAAUUGCAAUUCACAUACCAUUCAUGAAAAUUAUGGCUCUUCCUCAUGGUCAGCAGAAAAACAUACAUGGGCCCGUGAUUUGUGUGCCAUCAGAUAUGACUAAGGCGGCCAGUUUACCAAUGCAUCAAGAUGAAAACUUGCUGUUACGUGUGAAACUUAAAAGGAAAUUGAAUUACAAAGGCUACUUUGAAUAUCAGUUUGUUAAUACACAGAAUGUCAUGUCAGCCUUAUCAUACCUGAAGGAAAACAAUCAUUGGUACAAAGAUGUGAAAAUUGAAUCGAAAGAAGGUCUCGUGAGUGAUGAAGUUAUGCCAGAUGAUGUAGUGAAUACUAAAGAUAAUGCAGAAACUGAAGAAGAAAUGGUUGCAUUUGACAGUUGUUUACAACCAAUUGAUGUUGCACAGGAAGUCUUGGACCAUUAUUUUGAUGAUGUGUACAACAUUGCACCAGGCGAAGGUAAGAACCCAGUUCGAAUGUUACAGGAACCUGGAAACGAAGCCAAGGCGUUCCCUUGUCAUUUUCCAAGUGGUCGGUUUUCCUGGAAUGAAGAAAGAUCAGAAAAGUUAACACUGUCUAGGUAUUUCAACAAUAGGUUAAUGAACGCAGAUAACAGAUUUGCAAAGGAUAGCAAUUACAUUUUCUUUAGCCAGUACAUGUCUGAAUUGAAUCAAGUGAUUGAAAAAACACAAAUUUCAGUAAGAAAGUCUCUAUCAAAAUUUACUAAUGGGAAACCAGUGACUUUGGACAUGUUGCAAGAUCCAACUACUCUCUCUAGUUUGUUGAGGCAUGAUGAUGCUAUUAGAUUUAUGCAACCGAUAAGAGGAACACCUGCUUAUUGGGCAACUGCUCAAAAGGACUUAUUUGCAAUGCUGCGACAGUUAGGAAUCCCAACUUGGUUUUGUUCGUUUUCUGCAGCAGAGUAUAGAUGGAAUGAUGCUGUAAAAGUCAUAUUACAACAACAGAACGAUGACAGAAACCCAUAUCAAAUGGACUGGUCAGAAAAGAAUGACGUUUUAAGGUCAAAUCCAGUUACAGUGGCUCGAAUGUUCGAACAUAGAUUUCAAAUAUUUCACAAGGAAGUCGUACUUUCCCCAGCUCAACCUAUAGGAAAAGUAGUAGAUUUUUUUCAAAGAGUUGAGUUUCAGCAGAGGGGAUCCCCGCACAUGCAUUGUCUGUACUGGGUUGAAAAUGCACCGAAUAUUGAUUCCGAUGGUGAAGAAGCAGUAUGUAACUUCAUUGACAGAUAUGUGACAUGUGCUGUACCAACUGAAAGCUAUGACGCAGAAUUGAGAAAAAGUGUCUUGGAAGUGCAACAACAUAGUAAGAAACAUUCAAAAUCUUGUAAAAAGAAGGGUACAGAAUGUAGAUUUAAUUUCCCACGGCCUCCAUCUCAAAAGACUUUCAUUACUAAUGCACAAGAGGAAGAAACUUCGGAUGAUUGUAAUGAAGAUUUAGAAACAAGGCUUAACAAUGCGUAUGCGAAGGACAUAUUAGUUAGUGUGUGGGAUAAACUACAGAAUGAACAAGAAGAAAUCCUAACAACAGAAAAGUUAUUUGACGACCUGUCACUAACUCAGGAACUGUACGAGGAAGCGCAUAACAUGUUAUCAUCUAAAAGGUCAGUUAUUCUUAAACGCUGCCCAAAUGAAGUGUGGACCAAUCAAUAUAACACAUGUUUGUUAAAAUCGUGGGAUGCUAAUAUGGACAUUCAGUUUGUAUUGGAUCCAUUCAGUUGUAUUGUUUACAUUGUGUCCUACAUUUCAAAGUCAGAAAGGGAAAUGGGCAUGUUACUUAAACAAACAAAAUUGGAGGCUGAAGAAGGAAAUUAUGACGCAAGACAGACAAUGAAGAAAAUCGGGUCAGCUUACUUGCAUCACAGAGAAGUUAGUGCCCAGGAAGCUGUGUACAGAGUGUGUAACUUGAAGAUGAAGGAAUCUUCUAGAAAAGUUGUUUUUGUGCCCGUAGGCGAUAACCCAGUGCGCUUAAGUAAGCCUCUGUCUUUGUUGAAGAGAAAACGUUCAAAAGAUGAAGAGAUGAUUGAUGAUGAAGAAAACGAGAACGAAGUCUGGAUGACAAAUAUCAUUGAACGUUACAUGAACCGGCCGGAUAAGCCAAUUUUUCAUGAUAUGUGCCUUGCAGAUUUCUGCUCAGAGUUCAGAGUGCUGGCUAAAUCUCAAGUUCCUAAAACUGAAAAUCAAAAUGUGUUUGAAUUACAGAAUGGGAAGGGUUACGUACAACGAAGAACUAGGACACAACAUGCUGUUGUAAGAUACCCAAGGUUCAACGUUGAAAAAAUGUCAGAAAAAUAUUAUCAAUCUCUUCUGCAACUUUUUCUCCCUUAUUGGACAGAGACACAGUUGAAGCCACCAGGAUUUGAUUUAUAUGAAGAUUUUUAUCAAAAUGGACACGUGAAAAUCUCUGGCAGGAAACGUAAAGAAUCAGUGAAGUCAAUUGUGGAUUUGAAUCAUUUAAAGUAUGCAAAAAAUGAAGAUGUAAUUGACAAUGCUCAGGAAGCAUAUGAAAUAAAUGGUGAACCAGAAGAUGCAUGGUCUCGCAUAUGUCCGGAAACAGAGGUUCUUAGAAGGGAAGGUAUAGCACUCAGAAACGUCAACAAGGUUCCACAGGAAGAUAGUGUGGAUGUUAUACCGGAUAUUGAGAAUGACACACAUAAUGCAGAUGUCAUGUAUCAUGUUCAACAAAACAUGAAUUCAAGAGAAGACAUGAUACAUAUCCUUCAGAAUUUGAAUGAAACGCAGAGGGAAAUAUUUUACAUGGUGCGUGAAUGGUGUUUAGCAAAGAUUACGGGAGAGAAAUGUGAACCCUUGCAUUUAUUUGUAACUGGAGGUGCAGGGACUGGUAAAAGUCAUCUGAUUAAAGCUAUUCAUUAUGAAGCAUCGCGUUUGCUUUCAAGAAUAAUGUCUGAUCCAGAGAGGAUAUCAGUGCUUCUUGCCGCAUUCACAGGAACGGCAGCUUUCAACAUAGGCGGAAAUACACUUCAUCACUUGUUUUCAUUAACAAAGUAUCUUCCAUUGCCUUAUGAACCACUUGGAGAACAAAGUCUCAGUGAAUUGAGAGUGAAGAUAGGGGAUCUGCAGAUUCUUAUAAUUGACGAAAUAUCAAUGGUGUACAAAAAACUUCUGUACUAUAUACACGAACGAUUAGUGCAGAUAAAGAAAUGUAGGGAACCAUUUGGUGGUGUCUGUGUUAUAGCUGUUGGAGAUUUUUAUCAGCUUCCUCCAGUUAAGCAGCGAAAAGAUGAAAGGCUUUACAAAGUGAAUAUGGCAUAUCCUAUGGAUUAUUGGCUUGAUUUAUUUAAGGUCAUUGAGUUAAAGGAGAUUAUGAGGCAAAGAGAGGAUUUGUCUUUUGCUGGGGUUCUGAAUUCCCUUCGUGUAAGACAGAAAGAUGAACCAUUGACACAAGAGCAAAGAACUAUGUUAGAAGAAUGUAUCAGAGAAGGACCAGAAGAUGUUCUUCAUGUGUUUUCUACCAAUGAAGAGGUAAACACAUUCAAUCUUACAAUGUUAAAGAAAACUUGUGAAGAUUUAUUAGAAAUCAAUGCUAAAGAUUACAAGAAGGACAAAACAUCUGGAAAAUUGAUGCUGAAAAACAAACCUGUGUCAAAAUCAAGAACUGAUGGGCUUCCAAGUACCCUGAUCUUAUCCAUCAAAGCAAGAGUGAUGCUCACGAGAAAUUGUAAUGUUGAAGAUGGUCUCGUGAAUGGAGUAAUGGGGCAUGUUUGUCAGUUUGUUUUUGAAGAAAACAGUAAUGCAGUUGUUAGAGCUGUAGGCGUUGUUUUCGAUAAUAAGGAAGUUGGAAAGAAGUCGGGACAAAAAACAAAGGAUGGGAAUGUAGUGUUAAUAGAAAGAGUACAAGAUGAGAUAAAAGACAAGCUUACUACAGUGGUACGUCACCAGUUCCCAAUUCGGUUAUCUUGGGCAUGCACGGCUCAUAAGGUGCAAGGGAUGACAACAAACAAUGUAGUGGUGAAUUUAGAUAAAGCAUUUGCCCCAGGCCAAGGGUAUGUCGCAUUGUCAAGGGUUACUUCUAAGGCUGGUUUAUAUAUUGAUACAGAAGAUCAAAAUCGAUUACGGAGAAAUGUUUAUGCUGAUCCAGAGGUGAAAACAGCUUUGAAUGACAUGGAAAAAGUAACUUUUGGUGAUAUUUCCCGGACUCUAAAUUCCUAUGGAAAGAAUAUAGUUCUGCAUAAUAUACAGAGCUUAGGUAACCAUUUUGGAGAUCUGCAAAACGAUGCUAGGUUCAUUCAGGCUGAUAUCAUUUGCUUAACAGAAACAUGGUUAAGAUCAGGGGAAAACACAGAAACGUUUGCUCUUCAAGGGUUUCAGUUUCAUCAUCUCCCUAGAAAAGAAGCAUACGAGGAAAAUACCUUAUUAAAUCAGAGUUUACGCAUGUCAAAAGGUGGAGGUGUUGCUCUGUAUUUGAAAGAUAGUGAAAAUUCUUAUGAUAUUCUUUCACCGUCUCACAUGAAUAUUGAAGGGAUAGCUGUGAAAUUAUUAAAGGAAAAUAUGUUAUUGUUAACUGUGUAUCGGCCAUGCACAGCAAAGAUGGCAACAUUCCUGCAGAAUUUUCACAGAAUUCUGGACUUCUUAAAAGCAAGAAAUCAAAGCAGUAUCAUUGUGGGGGACUUUAACGAGGAUGCCAAAACUAACGGUCCAAUUCAAAGGUUUUUAAGAGAUCAAAACUUCAGACAGCUUGUAUCUUUUAACACCACUGAAGGAGGGACAAUUUUGGAUCAUGUCUAUGUAUCCAGUUCUGUACAAAUUGCCGGUCUUCAUCGAUUACCAACAUAUUAUAGUUAUCAUGAUGCUGUACUUCUCAAACUGAUAGGUAAUUAA